CAAACACUGGGAGCGUCCUGACGUCAGCGGGCGUAAACUAAGAUUGUGUUCAAGGAGUCACCAAUGAUGUGCACCGGGUGAUCAGUCAGGCUCUGCGCUGCAGGUAUCUCUGUCCAGUCACAGCAGCUGCAGUGAUCAGCGCGCUGUGUGCCUCAUUACUGCCGCUGCUGCUCCACGUUCGAGCAACUCGGACCAAAUUAAAACCUCCCUCAGAAAAACCCGCAUGUGGUUUCCUCCUCCUGCCUCUCAGCACCGCAAUGAAGGAAUUUCCUCGUUUGUUCUGAAGUCUCUGCGCUCACAGAAAUGAGGUCUCUGCCCGAGUUUUCCCCGCGCUAACUGCACAACAGGAAGACCGGACCGGUCGAUUCUCACCUGCAUCAUCUUCACCUUAGAAAAAAAAGAAGUCGUACUUUUUUGCCUCUCGGACAGGACACCAACUGACUGCAGGCUGCAAAAUGGAUAAUAACGCUGGAAAUUCGGAAAAAUCUCACCUCAUAGACGAGAAGAAUGCCAAGACGUAUUCCCUAAAACUGCAAAGCUCCUUUCUGGACUCCAAAGAACAUUAUCCAGACUUCCCUUUAAAGAAUGGAGGCAUGUCGGGCGCCAUCGAGCUGAAACGACCCGUCAGCACUCACUGCCACGGCCCCAAAGCGUUGGCAUGCGAGGAGAGUGUGGACAAGCUCCUGGCCAAGAAGAAACUCUACAUCGCUUCAGCAGUCUGCCUCGUCUUCAUGAUUGGCGAGGUCAUAGGAGGCUACCUGGCUCACAGCCUGGCCAUCAUGACUGAUGCGGCCCACCUUCUGACAGACUUUGGCAGCAUGAUGGUGAGCCUGUUCUCCUUGUGGAUCUCCUCCAGACCGCCCACCAAAACCAUGAACUUUGGUUGGCACAGAUCAGAGAUCCUCGGGGCAUUCAUCUCAGUCAUGUCCAUCUGGAUCGUCACAGGAGCUCUGGUCUAUUUGGCCAUUGAGAGGAUCGUACGUAACGACUAUGAGAUUGAUGGACACGUCAUGCUGGUCACCUCUGGCUGUGCUGUCAUCGUCAAUAUUGUCAUGGCGUACAUCCUCCACCAUUCGACCACCUUCCACGCUCACGGCAGCGGUUACCACCAGAUCGACGAGGAUGGUCAGAGCCCCGUCGUUCAUGGCCACUCCCACACCCUCCUCGGCAGUCACGGUAACACAAGCGUCCGUGCUGCCUUCAUCCACGUGGUGGGGGACCUGCUGCAGAGUGUCGGCGUCAUGGUGGCGGCGACCAUCAUCUACUUUCGGCCCGAGUAUAAAGUAGCAGACCCCAUCUGCACGUUCCUAUUUUCUGUCUUUGUUCUCUGCACCACUGUCACCAUCCUCAGAGACGUCUUUAGGAUACUCAUGGAAGGGUCGCCUAAAGGAAUCGAGUUUAACUCGGUGAAGGAGGUGCUGCUGUCUGUGAGAGCUGUGAAGUCCAUGCACUGCCUGCACCUGUGGGCUCUGACUCUGGGCCAGGCGCUGGUUUCUGUUCACCUGGCCGUAGAGGAGGGCUCUGACCCGCAGUCUGUGCUGCAGGAGGCCACUGACCUACUCCACACCAAGUUUGGUUUCUACAGCAUCACCAUCCAGGUAGAGCUCUACUCUGAAGACAUGAGCUACUGCUCCCACUGCCAGGACCCCAGUGACUGAUAAACAACCAGAGUGGACUGGACCCAGCAGGACAUGGACGGCUCAGACACAUUGUCAUUUUCUCCUGGUGGUCUGAAGUCGUGAGGGAUGUAUUCACAGAGCAGCUUCCCUUCAAGGAAAGAGUUUUUUCAUUGUUUUUGCCAUUAAGUUUUAAAAGAUUUGACAGUGAAAUCAUCCUUGUGCUGAUAGUAGAGUCCCGACGCCAAAGCUCCAUGCUAACAUGGAAUAUGCCAGUUAAUUCAAAGUCCUUCAAAAAGGGGUGGCAUGCUUUUUUUUCCAUCAAAAACUGGGACAAUUUCACAAGAACCAUCAGGGUGAAGCUGUCCUUGGGGUUGUUGGUGCUAGCUUGUAAGGAAAUUUUUCAAGAAUAAAGGA